GGAGGUCGUAUAAACGCAUUGGUACGACCCAUGCAUGUCGCUAAUUUCAUAAACGAAGUGGAGGAAGGUGUCGUUUAUGUCCUCAAGAAUUACCAAGUAGAAAGCAAUACGGGCAUUUACAAAACGACCAUAUGCACUUGGAGGCUUGUGAUCAAUAAGGAUACCAAAUUUAUUAAGUGGCCUAAACCUUUUCCUACGUUUCGUUUUAUCUUUAGGGAUUUUGCAACUUUAAUGGACAUCGACAAUGUUGAUGAAACUAUGCUGUUUGAUGUUAUUGGCGUUGUUGUCGAAAUAGAACCGAUUCAAAUUAAAAUCGUCAAGGGGAAGCCUACUCAAAUGAUUGUUUUCUCCCUUAUGAACUUGGAAGGACAAAAGAAGAAUUGUACCCUUUGGGGACAAUAUGUUGAUCAAUUGAUUGCUAUUGAGCAUCACUAUAUGGGAGAAAAACAACCUUUUGUCAUAAUCAUGCAAAUGUGUCGUGCCAAGGUGUUUGAUGGGGAAGUGAGAAUCACCACAUCAAAAGAUGUUACUCUCAUCAUUUGUGUAGAUGUUCCCGAAAUUCUUGAAUUUCGCAGGAGUUUGGCUGCGGGUAGAUUGAGGAAUACCCAAAUUGUGUCCAAUAGUUCGUUUAUUGUCAAAACCGAAAUUCAACAACUCGAGGAUGGUGACAUCGUUGUUAGUACUGUUGAUUCUCUGCAUGAUUGUGUGGAGGCUAAGGACAUUUGGGUGUGUGCAACAAUUAAUUCAAUCAUAGAUGAAUGGUGGUACUUGGCAUGUACUCGAUGUAGUAGUUCAAUGGAGACAGAUGGUGGCAAUCAUAGAUGUCGAAAAUGCACUCACAAUCGCGGGAUAUUUCG